AUGGAGCAACUUUUUACCUUCAAUCCAAAGGAAGGUAUUGAUAAUCCAACUCUAGUGAUCACUGAUGAUCCAGAAUCCGGUCAAAAUGUGGUGCCCAGACUGUGCCAGCUGAAGCGUCUAGAGGGACAGAGCUUUGGUUUCUACCUGCGGAUGGACCAGAGCAACUGUGGAUUUGAGAUCAGAGAUGUGGAGCCAUGGAGUCCUGCAGAGCGUAGUGGCCUCAGAAACCGAGACAGAGUGCUGGACGUCAACGAUGAAUAUGUGGGCAACAUGGACUUGUACAGGUUGGUGAGGAAGAUCCAGUCAUGUGGCUUACACCUGUUUCUCCUAGUGUUGAGGAGAACAGAGUAUGAACAGGCAGUUUCUAUGAGUCUGGACCUGAAGAUGCUGGCCAAGUUGUCAAAAGGGGACCACUGGUCCAGACCCAGACUGUGUCACAUUAGGAGACAACCCGAGUGUGGCUUGGGAAUGACCAUCAUCCCUGUCGAAGGUUCGAAAGGCCAGUACACUGUGAGCACAGUGACUGAUGGUCCAGCAGAGAAAGCUGGUGUCUGUACUGGAGACAGACUGAUCUGGAUCAACGGAGUCCUUGUGUCAACGCUUACAUACUCCUCUCUCAGCAAAACUGUGAGGAAGAGUGGAGACUCAGUGACAGUGCUGGUCACUGACAGUGAGAGUGAAGCUUGCUAUGUGAGGAGGAGGAUGCCCAUCCUGCCUGUAGUAGCAAAAUGCAAUUGCCUCCCCUACUCUGCCAAGACCAUGCACCUAACUAAAGGACACAAUGGAUAUGGCUUUCUUCUGAGACAAGAAAAGCUGGAAGGCACGCAUUGUACAGUUCAUGUGUUGAGGGAGGUGGAUUUGGGAAGUCCAGCUGAGGUGGCAGGGAUGGAGGAUGGAAACCUGCUGCUAGCUGUAAAUGGGGAACCUGUUGAAUCUAUGGAGCAUGAUGACAUUGUCCAAAAGAUUAGAAAGAGUGGUGAUGAAGUAAUCCUCACAUCAUUAUCCAAACAAGGAAGAGACUUUUACAGUGAGGUAGGCAUUUCUCCACUUCUGUUCCAUGAAGUAUCUAUCAAAGCGAACAAGUGA